AAAGUUCUUAUUCUUCUCUCAUUCCAUCUUUUUUUUUUAUCUUUGAUCUUUUUGCUUCGCUUUAGCUAAAUCAAUGGAUCGAGCUCUGUCGUGGUUCCGACGUUUAGCAGUUGGGUAUGAGAUGCGAGAAGGAGCAGAUUGGAACGGAGAGCUAAGAAAGAAGCAACGGGAGUUGGAAAAGCUGCAAGAUGCAAUGACAUCUGUGAUAGCAAGUUUGAACAAGCAUGGGGAGGGAGUUUAUGUUAUAGCCUCUACUUUCAUGUCCUUGAAAGGGUUGGUCGAGUGCUUGACAUCCCCGGAGGUGGCUAUUCCUGUCAGUGCUCUUGGCGUUGGACCUGUAACCCCUGGGGAUAUCUUCAAGGCCCGUAAACUACAGUUUGCCACUGUCCUCGCUUUUCAAGUCGAGUUGACUCUAAAGGCCAGUCAAGUAGCACAAGCAUUGGGAGUCAAAGUAAUCUGUGGUGACUCCAUUGAACAACUCUGCCGACUGUUUCGGGAGUAUACCACCAGUGGCAGUGAGCUGCUGCGAGAGGACAGGGCAGUGAGUGAUGAAGUAGUCUUACCAUGCGUCCUCUCCAUGUUACCCAAGUGUGUGCUCAACAAGGAAGACCCAAUUCUCGUUGGAGUUUAUGUUGUUGAGGGUUCUCUUAGGGUAGGGACUCCAUUAUGCAUUCCUCACAAAGCUUUCAUCAAUAUAGGACGGGUUGCAUGGAUUGACAAGGACCAGCAACCUGUCAAGGUUGCAAGCCAAGGCGACAAGGUCAUUAUCAAGAUUGUUGCAGCAGACCCCAAAACAAAACAGUUGAUGUUGGGAAGAGAUUUUGACGUUGCAGAUGUUCUUGUCAGUCGCAUCCCUAGAAGAUCUAUCUACCAUUUUGCCCAUUCCAUCAUUCCAAGCUAAUGACUGGGUCGAACAAAAAUCUCAUCCUCUGGUUAUGUCAUUUUCUCGGUGCUUUAGUUAGUUAUUUCUUGUUAACGCUUAACAUUAUCUCAUCCUGGAAAUAUUUACAUUCGUUGAUGAUAUAUAUGAACAACAAGUCUUUGAAACAGAGGCCAAAAGCAUGGAAAUAGAGAUAAACGAACAA